AUGGCGAUCAAUCUUGCGGACCUAACUCUGCCUCAGCUUGAGGGACUAAAGAGCCAAUUAGAUCAGGAGAUCGAGUUCCUGACUUCCUCAAUAAGCCAGCUCAAAGUUGUCCAAGCCAAAUUUGCUGACGCAAAAGAUAAUUUGAAUUCGCUUAACAAAAGCAAUCAAGGCAAAGAAUUACUUGUCCCACUAACAAGUUCUAUGUAUGUGCCUGGAACAUUAAAUGAUGUGGAGCAUGUUUUAGUGGAUGUAGGGACAGGAUAUUAUGUUGAAAAGAACGUAGCAGAUUCAAAGGCAUUCUUCAAACGUAAACUAGACUUCCUGACAAAGCAAAUAGAAAAAAUUCAGCCCGCCCUUCAGGAAAAACAUGCCAUGAAACAAGCUGUGAUUGAAGUCAUGAACAUGAAGAUCCAACAGCUACAACAGAGUAAACAGACUUCCAGCACUAAGGCUUAA